AUGGACAUUCAGAACGAGAAGCAUCAUGUUUUCAACAUCAGGUUGGCGAAUCUCACUGGUUUAUAUCAAAUUUUGGAUCCCGGAGCCUUAAAAUGUCGAGGUCGAAACGUAUACCAAAUUUUCGUUGCGUUCUUUAUGCUGUACUCGUUAGUCAUAUCGGUGGUGUUGUUCGCCAGCUUUUUGCAUUUAUGGACUUAUAAUACGUCUAUGAGUUUAUUGGACUUUUUUAUAGCAACAAACUCAUUUUAUGUGAGCUACAAGAUGUGUAUCGUCAUUUACCAUUCGAACGACAUAUGGGACUGUCUGUCAAUCACGCGGUACGGUUUUACGUCGUUGAUCAACCGGAAGCGGAACGGACAUGACACACUGGAUCGUUGGCGGGCGCGUUCGGUCUGGUACACCAGCUUGUUGGCCGUUUCGUAUUGCUGGUCGAUGGUGUUUUACGUGGGAUGUCCUCUGGCUUUCGGCGCCUCUGUAAUACCGAUCAAAAAUUACGACGGUUCGAUCGGCGAUUACCGUCAGAACGUUUUAAAUUUGUAUUUUUUUGCAUCAGACGAGACGUACAACGAAUACUACAAUACGUUUUUCGUUGUCGAGGCGUUGUUCAUUAUCGGUAUGACAAUAGUAUUCAUUAUAUUCGAUACCCUUUUGGUGACGCUGUGCUUGGCUACAUGCUGUCAGAUGCAAAUGAUUUGCGCUGCGUUCGAAUCGGUCAAUCACAAAUCACUUGGUGAUUCCCUUUCCUCUGUAAUUGAUAACACCGGUGAAAAAUAUAUAAUAUCUAAUGAACAUGAAUUAAUUUAUGAUGAAUUAAUAACAAUUAUAAUUGAUCAUCAAGCAGUUAUUAAGAAAUUUGAAUUAUUUUUAAAUAUAUUUGAACGAGUCAUGUUGACACACAUUUUUAUUUCGUCGAUUUCACUUAUCAUACUUUGGUUUAAUUUAAUAACGAGUUUCUUCAAUGAUGGUACAUUUAGGAUUUCUGGUGAUGCGGCAGUAAAAACGAUUGUGUUAAUUCCUUCAUUCUUGUUUCAAAUAUUUAUGACAUGUUAUUUAUUUGAUUAUAUACACAACCAAAAAGAUUCAAUAAUAUAUGCAUUGUACAGCAGUAAUUGGACGGAAAUGGAUAUGAAGUCCAAAAAAUUGAUAUUAUUAACAAUGCAAUUAAAUAAUGCUAAUCAGAAAAAGUUAAGAUAUACUAGAACAAGAAUUGUAAAUUUGGAAAUGUUUUUUAAAACAAUGGGUCAUUGCUACACAGUUGUAUCGGUUUUAAUAAAUUAUAUAAAUGCAAUGAAUAAUUAA